AUGGAGCGAGGAGGGAAGAGGACUUGGGAUGCACUUCUCGGGGUCCACACGGUCCCCCCCGUGCUGCUGCUGCUGCUGCUGCUGCCACUGCUCUGGCCGGGGGAGGGGGCUGCCCUGGGCCAGGGGCUGUACCCCAUGCCGGCUGGCGUCCUACAAGCGCUGUCGAGCCGGGGGACGCUGGUGCUGGAGGCGGCGCUGAGGAGUGCGCUACUGGCGCUGGAGCGGGCAUUGGCAGAGCAGCAGCGGCAGCGGGGCACCUGCGGGCUCUGUGCCCCCUGCCUCUUCCCGCCCUGUGCCAACCUCACCCACCGCUGCCAACCACCAGCCGUGCCCCCUGUCAUGCCUCCUGACUGCCAGACCCUGAUGGAUGCCCAGGCGCUGCCCGAGCUGCCCCAGCGCAACUGGGCGCUGAGCCAGGCCUGUGCCCCCUACCACAGCCUGUGCCCACCCGAGGGGGACCAGCGUGCCUGUGCCCCACUCAGCGCCCGGCUCUGCCACCGCCGGCUCCAGGAGUGCCGGCUGGCAGCUGCGGCCACUGAUGUUCCAGCAGAGGCCACGAUGCCAGGGAGCUGCGGGCGCCGUGGGGGUCCAGCAGCCAAUGCCACGGCCCCCCGAGGACGCAUCAUGGGUGGCAGCGUGGCCCCGCGGGGGGCCUGGCCCUGGCUGGUGUCGGUGCGGCUCCAUGGAGAGCUGGUGUGCGGAGGGGUGCUGGUGGGGCACUCCUGGGUCCUCACCGCUGCCCACUGCUUUGCUGGGAACCGCAAUGAGUUGGCAUGGACAGUGGUGGUGGGCGACCAUGAGCCGGGCAAGCCGGCUGUGGGCAAGUGGGCAGUGCCCAUCCGGCGCAUCCUGCCGUACCCCAAGUUUAACCCCAAGACGUUUCACGGGGACCUGGCACUGCUGGAGCUGGCGGUGCCGCUGGCCCUGUCACCAACCGUCAGCCCCGUCUGCCUUCCCAGCGGCCCCACGGAGCCCAGCCCCGGCACUGCCUGCUACAUUGCAGGCUGGGGCUCCCUCUAUGAGGAGGGGCCAGCAGCUGAUGUGGUGAUGGAGGCGCGGGUACCGCUGCUCAGCCAGGAGACAUGCCGGGGUGCCUUGGGCAAGGACCUGCUCACCAACGCCAUGUUCUGUGCUGGGUACUUGUCUGGGGGCAUCGACUCCUGCCAGGGCGACUCGGGGGGCCCGCUGGCGUGCCAGGACCCCUCCUCGCAGCGCUUCAUCCUCUACGGGAUCACAUCAUGGGGUGACGGCUGCGGAGAGCGGGGCAAACCGGGCGUCUACACCCGGGUCACGGCCUUCGCAGACUGGCUUAGCCUCCAGAUGGACCCCACCCCUGGCAGCCGGGAGCCGAGCUGCUUCGACCUGCUGGCGCUGGCCCAGCUGCCCCCCGAGCAGCAGCCCCCUGAGCGUGCCCGCCUCUGUGCCUUCUACGCCGGGUCCUGCCGGGCCCCCCAGAGCCGCGCCGCCUGUGCCCGCCUGGCUGAGGACGCCUGCCGUGCCAGGACCAGGCGAUGUGAGCUGCACUCCUAUGCCCAGACCUUGGUGGAUCUCCUGCGCCGUGCUGGGGACUUCAUCCGAAACCAGUUUGAUUUCUCCUUCCUCACCCACACUCUGCCCCAGCUCCUGGGCAAGAUCUACGGGCAUCUCUUCCCCUCCCGUGUCCGCAGGGAUGCCGCAGGCCUGGCUGUGGCAGAGGGCCAGCCCAGCCCCAUGGCAGAGGGACCUCGGAGACCACCACCAAGGCAGAGGGCCGGGGGCCCACCCCCCUUUGCAGGGCUCUUCGGGGCUGUGGGGCCACGGCUGCAGGACUGGGCUGAGGCGCUGAGGGCCAUGGCAGGGGACAGCCCCCCGGCUCCCACCCCAGGCAGGGAGCAGCUCCCUGGGGAGACGUGGCUCUUCCUGCAGCAGGACGAAGGGGCGGUAGAGGAGCUGAUGGGCCAGGGACGAGCCUUCCUCGCCCAGCUGAGGGCAGAGCUGGACCUCGGCACCCUCCUGGAAGCCACGGAGCCACAAUGGGCACCCGGAGAGCUGGCAGAGACCCCCGUGCAGAGCCGGUCCGCACCGAGGGAGAGACGCGAGCUGGUGCCCACGCAGCUGCCGGGGCUGGAGGAGGAGGAAGCAGGUGCUGGCAGAGCCUGCCCCGGCCUCAACGAGUCGGCGCUGCGGGUGAGCGCGGUGCGGGAGCUCUACUCCUGGGUGCUGCGGGUGCCUGAGCAGGACCUGGCCAUGACCUUCCAGGAGAUCCUGGUGGACUUAGGCUCCAAGAACCCCAAGGGGCUGUACCGGGCACAGGUGAGGGCCACGGUGGGCGGCCGCCCCACGGCCUUCACCGGCCUGGUGGGGCUGGAGAGUGACUCGCUGGCCCGCAGCAUGCCUGGCCUGGUGGCUCUGGCGCUCGAGGCGCUCAAAAACUGA